GUGAGGGAGAGAGAGAGUGUGUGUGUGUGUGUGUGUGAGAGAGAGAGAGAGAGAGAGAGAGCCUCCUCCUCCUCCUCUUCUUCAUCCUCAGUGUGGACUCAGUGAUGAAGGCGCGCGGCUGCUGCUGCUGCUGCAGUGUGUGUGUGCGAGUGUCUUCAUACGUGUGUGUGUGUGAGUGUGAGUGAGAGCAGCAUGUUCUUACCGGUGUGGGUGAAGCUUUGGGCGGAGCGCGCGGACGGAAGUGAUUAAUUAUCUGCAGGUGUCUUAUUUUUUAUUUUUUAUUUUUUGUACCUGUGUGCGUGUGCGCGCGCGCGUGCGUCACCUGCGACAUGAACAACAUGAACAACUCGAACAAGAGCAAGAAGGACAAAGAAAUCCUGGCGGAGUAUGAGAGUCAGGUGAAAGAUGUGCGGACGCAGUUGGUGGAGCAGCAACGCUGCCUGGAGCAGCAGACGGAGAUGCGGGUCCAGCUGCUUCAGGACCUGCAGGACUUCUUCAGGAAGAAGGCAGAGAUCGAGACGGAAUAUUCCAGAAACCUGGAGAAACUCGCAGAGAGGUUCAUGGCCAAAACUCGCAGCACGAAAGACCAUCAACAGUACAAAAAAGACCAGAACCUUCUCUCUCCGGUCAACUGCUGGUACCUGCUGCUGAACCAGGUGAGGAGGGAGAGUAAAGACCACGCCACCCUCAGUGACCUCUACCUGAACAACGUCAUCUCCCGCCUCACGCACAUCAGCGAGGACUCGGCACGUCUGCUGAAGAGGAGUAAAGAAAUCAUCUUUCAGCUUCAGGAAGAUCUCAUGAAGCUUCUGAACGAGCUCUACACCGUGAUGAAGACGUACCACAUGUACCACGUCGAGAUGAUCAACGCCGAGACCAAGCUGCGCGAGGCGGAGCGCCAGGAGGGCCGCGUGAAGGGCGUGUCCGGGACGAGCGGAGGGGUGGAGCCUGUGUUCGGCCUGCGGAUAGAAGAACGCCACCAGAGACGCAACGCCGCCCGCAAGAUGGAGAAGAUGAGAGAGAAGAGGAAGGCAAAGUACUCUGAGAACAAACUGAAGGUUCUUAAAUCCAGGAACGAGUAUCUGCUGACGCUGGAGGCCACCAACGCCUCUGUGUUCAAAUACUACAUCCACGACUUGCCCGACAUCAUCGACUGUUGUGACCUAGGGUACCACUCCAGUCUGAGCCGCGCCCUGAGGACCUACCUGUCGGCAGAACUCAGCCUCGAGGCCUCCAGGAGGGCGGGGCUGGAGGUGCUGGAGGGCGCGGUGGAGGGCCUGGACCCCGCCCGAGACCGCCAGCGUCUGCUGGGCCUCUACCCCACCGCUUUCUGCCCGCCGCAGCGCUUCAACUUCCAGGCCCACAUGGGCGACGAAGUGGCUCAGAUCGCCUCUCAGCCUCAGGUCCAGUCUGAGCUCAACCUCCGCCUCACGCAGCUCCAGACUCGCCUGGCGUCACUGAAGAUCGAGAACGAGGAGGUGAAGAAGACGUGGGGCGCGACGCUGUCCACGCUACAGGACAUGACGGUGCUGGACGACUACGACGUGUCGCAGAGCUUCACCCACAGUCCGUCGUCCGAGUCGGUGAAGUCGAGCGUGUCGGACGGCUACCUGAACAAACCCAGUCUGGCCAAGAGACGAGCCAAUCAGCAGGAGACGGAGCUUUUCUACUUCAACAAAUUCCGUGAGUAUCUGGAGGGAAGCAUCCUCAUCGCCAAACUCCAGGCCAAACACGACAUCCUGAAAAAAGCCUUAGCUGAAGGUUAUAAAGCCGAGCUGCUAACGACCAGUCGUGGGAGGAAAAAUUCCCACAGCAAACACCAGGAUUCAACCAAAGCCAUACCGUUACUGGUGGAGAGCUGCGUCCGCUACAUCAACCUGCACGGUCUCCAGCAUCAAGGAAUAUUCCGGGUGUCGGGAUCGCAGGUGGAGGUCAACGAUAUCAAGAACUCCUUCGAAAGAGGUAACGACCCACUGAUCGACGAGGAGAGCAACCACGACAUCAACUCUGUGGCCGGAGUGUUGAAGCUCUACUUCAGGGGUCUGGAGAACCCGUUGUUCCCCAAAGAGCGAUUUAAUGACCUCAUUUCCUGCGUCCGAAUAGAGAAUCUGUACGAUCGAGCUCAGUGCGUGCGUAAGAUCCUGCUCGGCGUCCCGAGGGCGACGCUGGUGGUGAUGCGUUACCUGUUCGCCUUCCUCAACCAUUUGUCUCAGUACAGCGAUGAGAACAUGAUGGACGCGGGGAACCUGGCCAUCGUGUUUGGCCCCACCCUCCUGCCCACGCCGGACUCUCUGGACCAGGUCGCGUGUCAGGCUCACGUGAACGAGGUGGUGAAAACCGUGAUCCUGCAUCACGACAACAUCUUCCCCGACACCAAGGAGCUGCCGGGACCUGUGUACGAGAAGUGUAUGACGGGAGAGCAGUACUGUGAGAGUCCGUUCAGCGAGCCUGGAGCGCUGGAGGAGGCGGAGCCUGACGCCGGCACUGAAACCCAGACCAGCGAGGAGGAGGGCGAGGCGGUGGAGGCGGUGGCGAGGUUCGACUACGUGGGUCGCUCGGGCCGCGAGCUCUCAUUCAAGAAGGGGGCGUCGCUGCAGCUGUUCCAGCGGGCGUCACAUGACUGGUGGGAGGGGCGGCACAACGGGAACCGCGGCCUGGUGCCGCACCAGUACAUCAUGGUGAAGGACAGACGCGGGCAGAGCCGCGACGACAUGACUGACUCCAUGUCGGACACGCUCAGUCAGAAGGCGGACAGCGACGGCGGCGGCAGCAGCAGCACCGACGACAAGCGCUCGAGGAGCGAGCUGAGCUCGCCCACGGACAUCAGACCUCCAGAGACCUACAACAGGUCUGUCAUUCACAGGAGGAAGCGGACCGACGGUUUGUUCCGCCGCCCGCUCGGCCGCUCCAACGACAACCACGCCAACGGCGGCGUGAUGGAGCGCAGCUCGCCGCCCGUCACCGGACACUUCAGCCCCAGGGAGCUGCUGCUGGGGCGGGGUCAGGGCCUGACUCCGCCCCUCGACAGCCCGGAGCGCCGCCGCCGAUCCGCCGCCGCCGUGACCAUGACGGUGAGCCGGCACGACUCGCUGCGGCGGCCGGAGGACACGCCCAUCCGACGCUCGAGCAGCGGGCAGCACGGCUUCAGCGACUCGCUGCGGUCCAGAGCGCUGGAUCCUGACUCGCUGGCACAGGACAUCGAGGAGUCGGUGACCGUGGCCCUCGGCGAGCUGCGGCAGCUGGAGCGUCAGGGCUGUCGGCCGGCGCCCGACGUGGUGCUGGACACUCUGGAGCAGAUGAAGAACGGCCCGGCCACCGCCUGCUCCUCCGAGUCUCCCAGCCCCCACAGCACCCCCAGCACCCCGGGUACUCCCGGGACCCCCGGGACCCCCGGCACCCCGAGCCCCCUCAGUCCUCUGAGCCCCAUCAGCCCGCUACCCGGACCUCCGCCCGGACCGCCCAGACCCGCCAAUCCUUCCCCCGACGCUCUGGGCUCCUUCAAGCCUGUGGCGGCCGCUCGCAUCGGGGCCCCACUGAGGCCCCCAGCCCUCAGACCCAAACCUGUGGUCCCUCCUAAGAGCAGCACCCCGCCUCUGCCCCCACCGCUGGACAAAUCCUGCACCAUGUGAGCCAAACCAGGCCGAUACCAGGCCAAAUCAGGCCUACCCGGGCCAAAACUGGGCCAGAAGAGGAGAUCAGGGUUAAUGUUUAUAAUCAGCAAACAUGAGGGUAGAAACGUUAGCAGAGGAAAGAGGUUUUAAUGUAGUAAUAAAAAUAUAAUCUAUGACAUGACCUAUGAUAUGAUAUGCCAUGAUAUUUAUGUGUCGUCAGGUGGGUGUGGUCUCUGUAGGUGUGUAGGCGUUUACUUUCUCCAUGUAUCCAAGCAUUUAUCAAAGGUUUACUGCGGAGGAAGAGGCGGAGCUUCCCGUCCCCGAGGGCGGGGCAAGUGUAGUGCAGCUCCAGUGAAAACAAUGUAGUUUCAGUGACGUGAAUGUUGUCAUGACGAUAGGGGGAGGAGCCUGUCAGCGAUGAGGAAUAUAAAAAAAAGCUGCUGUUUUUUUCGUAGAAAGUGUCGCAAUCAUCGGCUGCUGCUGUUUCUAUGACGACGAAGGACGCGACAUCGGAGUGAAGGAAAAACUGGUUCAACGACGUUUUCUGUGACUCAUUUAUUUCGGUUUUUUUACGUUUUUUAACUCAGUUCAGCUGCUACGUUCACAUUCACCUCAAACCACGGAAAAAAAAGAGAAGAAGACGACGAUGAAGACGACGCCUCCCGAGGUCGUCAGUGACACCAAACCACGCCCAGCUUCUCAACGAAUGUUUCCACUCUUUUACGACUGUUCAGCCAUUUAUUGAAUGUUCGGUGAGGCGAGGCCGAGGCCGCCGCCCACCACACUUUUUUAAAAGCCUUCUUAUGUUUGUCGUCGGGGAAACCCGAGUUAAAAAAAAAAGAGAAAAAAAAAACGUGCCGGGACCGGAGCUUCAAACAGGGUGUGACUGUUGAUGCGGAGGGAGCGACGGAGCGCGACGCGGUCGUGCGAUUUUCUCUUUUGUUUGUGUGCGAGUGUGUUUUUCAGACAGGAAGUACGAGAUCGUCCUCACAAGCGCACGAGAACCUCCGGAGCGUGGAGAUGAAGGAUUAUCGCGGUGGGUUUUUCCUCAAAGUUCAAGGUACGUUCACACCAGACACACGCGAUUAGAGUCGGUCGGUUUUUCCUGAAGUUACGUGGUCGCUUGACUUCCGUGCUCGUGUUUUGCCCCGCCCACUCGCUCUCGUGUCUGAAACAGAGGCAGGACAUAGGAAGAAUCCAAUCACAAAUUGGCUUUCGCAAAUUUACGUCGUACGAAAACUACAGUGACUGAAGGCAAACAACGCAAAUGUAGCAUUUUAGUUGGAUUUGCGUCGCUGGCGUUCGGGUUUACGUGUUUUCUUUAUCGGCAGAAGAAGAAAAAGUCCUUUCGACUUUUUUGCGUUUGCACUCGUUUGUGCCAAAGACGUCGGUUGAAAAAAAAUGCUGCUCUUCCACUUUAACUGGAGCUAAGUCACGUGUUGCCAAACAACCGCCGAUCAAAUCUUGCUUACCUAAAAAGUAAUCCAGCUCAGGUGCUAGCCAAUCAAAUCACAUUUCUUUACCGUACGUCGUCUAAAACUGAGCUCUGGAACUCUCUGUUUACACUUUUGUUGGAUGGACGAUGGACACCAGCGUUUUCGCAACAUCCCAACAAGCUGAGUCGAACAUUAUCCGAAGUUUUGACGCGAGAGCUAGCAGUAGAAGUUCUGUAAAACGUCAGGGUUGACUUUGGCGUUCUUACACAAGCUCAGUCGAACAUUAUCUGAAGUUUUGACGCGAGAGCUAGCAGUCGAAGUUCUAGGAUUAAUGUUCGUGGACAUUCUCUAACGUGGCGUCUCUGGGCGAUCUCCGGGGAAUUGUCUGAAUUCCAGUUCAUGUCUGAAAACUGUGUGUGUGUGUGUGUGUGUGUGUGUCUCCUCAGUGAUAGACAAUAGAUUAUUCAUGUCUACCUGAGCACCGGGAGACGCAGGUGUGAGCGAGCAAGCGCCAAACAAAGCAUGCUAACGUACGCUCGUGUGUGUGUGUGUGUGAGUUGACCUGCUUGUUCCACUAAAGUCACGCGUUAACCUUAAGUUCACAAUAAGCUAACAGGGUGGGGCCGUGUGUGUAAACGCCCAAACAAACAAAAACACUUGAACAGCACAGUGAAUGUGGCUCUGUCUGUCCGUCUGUCCGGGCUGGAGACUGAUGAGUGUGUGUGUGUGUGUGUGUGUGUGUGUGAAAGUGCCUUUUUUUUUAAAGCCGUUGUGAAUCCACUCACGCAUGUAUGUCCCUGAGCGAGGAGCAGCAGCACUCCCAAUGAAAGUGUUUUCCCCGUAGAUUUUACCGACUCAUACGAACUCUUAGCAUUAACCCAUUGUGACAUUGCACUUUGAUGUAUAGGACUGUGUACGUUGGCAUGUAGCAUCAUAACAUGUUGGUGCAUUUUUAAAACGCGACGCGGCGGAGGGAGGUUCCAUUCGUCUGAAUGUGUUUGAUGAUGAAGGAGAUGUUUCCCCGUUUGUUUUUCCCUCUUUUGUCCGUCAGUGUUGCCGUGUUUGAAAAAAAAUAACUCCUGCAGACGAGCUCAUAUUAGCCAAACUGGAUUGUAUCAAUGUGUUUAUGUAUUUAUAUUAUAAAUAAACCUGAAUAAAUUUAGCGUUGGGAGUCGUCGGCUGACCGAAAGCAA